GCGAACAGGCUUCAGAUGCUUCUGGGUUGUGGUGGGGAAGCUUUCCGAGUUCUCGUGUGUGCGCUUGAGAGUCGAGCGCUAGAGCGACCCGGCGAGGGAUGGCGGCCACCGGGACCGCGGCCGCCACGGCCACCGGCAAGCUCCUGGUCCUGCUGCUGCUCGGGCUCACGGCGCCUGCUGCGGCACUAGCCGGCUACAUCGAGGCUCUUGCAGCCAAUGCCGGAACAGGAUUUGCUGUUGCCGAGCCUCAAAUUGCAAUGUUUUGUGGGAAGUUAAACAUGCAUGUGAACAUUCAGACUGGAAAAUGGGAACCGGACCCAACAGGCACUAAGAGCUGCUUUGGAACAAAAGAAGAAGUUCUUCAGUACUGUCAGGAGAUGUAUCCAGAGCUACAGAUCACAAACGUGAUGGAAGCAAAUGAGCCUGUCAGUGUUGACAAUUGGUGCCGGAGGGACAAAAAACAGUGCAAGACACACAUGGUGAUCCCUUUCAAGUGUCUUGUGGGUGAAUUCGUAAGUGAUGUUCUACUAGUUCCAGAAAAGUGCCAGUUUUUCCACAAAGAGCGGAUGGAGGUGUGCGAGAAUCACCAGCAUUGGCACACUGUAGUCAAAGAGGCCUGUCUGACUCAGGGAAUGACCUUAUAUCGCUACGGCAUGUUGCUGCCUUGUGGGGUAGACCAGUUUCACGGCACUGAGUAUGUGUGCUGCCCUCAGACAAAGAUGAUUGAAUCUACUGUGUCAAAGGAAGAGGAGGAAGAGGAGGAGGAGGAAGAAGAGGAGGAGGAUGAAGAGGAAGACUAUGAUAUUUACAAGAGUGAAUUUCCUACCGAAGCAGAUUUGGAGGACUUCACAGAAGCAGCUGUGGAUGAGGACGAUGAGGAUGAGGAGGAAGGGGAGGAAGUGGGGGAAGACCGUGAUUACUACUACGACACCUUUAAAGGAGAUGACUACAAUGAGGAGAGCCCAACUGAACCCAGCAGCGAUGGGACAAUUUCAGAAAAGGAAAUUACUCAUGACGUUAAAGCUGUCUGCUCGCAGGAGGCGAUGACGGGGCCCUGCCGGGCCGUGAUGCCCCGUUGGUACUUCGACCUCUCCAAGGGAAAGUGCGUGCGCUUUAUAUAUGGCGGCUGCGGAGGCAACAGGAACAAUUUUGAGUCUGAGGAUUAUUGUAUGGCUGUGUGUAAAGCGAUGAUUCCCCCAACUCCUCUGCCAACCAAUGAUGUCGAUGUGUAUUUCGAGACCUCUGCAGAUGACAAUGAGCAUGCCCGCUUCCAGAAGGCUAAGGAGCAGCUGGAAAUACGGCACCGCAACCGGAUGGACAGGGUAAAGAAGGAAUGGGAAGAGGCUGAGCUUCAGGCCAAGAACCUCCCGAAAGCAGAGAGGCAGACUCUCAUUCAGCACUUCCAAGCUAUGGUGAAAGCCUUGGAGAAAGAGGCGGCCAGUGAGAAGCAGCAGCUGGUGGAAACCCACCUGGCUCGAGUGGAAGCCAUGCUGAAUGACCGCCGCCGAAUGGCUCUGGAGAAUUACCUCGCCGCCUUGCAGUCCGACCCGCCGCGGCCUCAUCGCAUUCUCCAGGCCUUGCGGCGUUACGUCCGUGCUGAGAACAAAGAUCGCCUGCAUACCAUCCGUCAUUACCAGCAUGUGUUGGCUGUUGACCCAGAAAAGGCAGCCCAGAUGAAAUCCCAGGUGAUGACACAUCUCCAUGUGAUUGAAGAAAGAAGGAACCAGAGCCUCUCCCUGCUCUACAAAGUACCUUACGUAGCCCAAGAAAUCCAAGAGGAAAUUGACGAGCUACUUCAGGAGCAGCGUGCCGACAUGGACCAGUUCACUGCCUCCAUCUCCGAGACCCCCGUGGACGUCCGGGUGAGCUCCGAAGAGAGCGAGGAGAUCCCGCCGUUCCAUCCCUUCCAUCCCUUCCCAUCCUUACCUGAGAAUGAAGACACUCAGCCGGAGUUGUACCACCCAAUGAAAAAAGGAUCUGGAGUGGGAGAGCAGGAUGGAGGACUGAUCGGUGCUGAGGAGAAACUGAUUAACAGUAAGAAUAAAGUGGAUGAAAAUAUGGUCAUCGACGAGACUCUGGACGUUAAGGAAAUGAUCUUCAAUGCCGAGAGGGUUGGUGGCCUGGAGGCAGAGCCGGAAUCUGUGGGGCCCCUGCGGGAGGACUUCAGUCUGAGCAGCAGCGCCCUCAUUGGGCUGUUGGUCAUUGCGGUGGCCAUUGCCACGGUCAUCGUCAUCAGCCUGGUGAUGCUGAGGAAGAGACAGUAUGGUACCAUCAGCCAUGGGAUCGUGGAGGUUGACCCAAUGCUCACCCCAGAAGAGCGUCACCUGAACAAGAUGCAGAACCAUGGCUACGAAAACCCCACCUACAAAUACCUAGAGCAGAUGCAGAUCUGAGUGGGAGGAAGCGUGGCGCCGGUCAGAGCGGGCGCUGCGGUGGGCCAGGAGAGGGAGGCCCGACGUUUGGGAGCAGCUCCUGCCCGGCAGUUGCUCCCAGAGGAUUCCAGCUUCCAUUCGGACCUCCUGGAUCAUUAAGACUAUAAAAUACUACUGUAGAAUCACAAUUUCCAUUCUUUUAAAUGGGUGAAAAAUGUUAAUAUAACUAUAUGAUAUAUAAACCUUAAAUGAAAAAAAAAUCUAUUGCAGAUAUUUGAUGUAGUUUUCUUUUUUUAAAUUAAUCAGAAAUCCCACUUCUAUUGUAUUGUCUCACAUAUGCUCUUUGUAAAUGGACAAUGUUGGUUUUCAGUGAUAGACUGUGCAGGCCAUCCCAGUUGCAUUGUAUGAAACACUGUUUAAGGCUCAUUCACUGUCCUGGUUUUUCUUAGGGGAAAAAAAAAAAAGAAGAAGAAGAAGCAACUAAGGCAGUAUUCCCUUUUUCAAUGAGCUAGCUUCCAGAAAGUUGUCCAGAAACUAAACAUGAUCGGGAACCGUCAUUGACCAUUCAAGCACAUCAUGAGACCCUCGCAAAAUCGUGUCAGAGGACCAGGUUCUUGGAAUUCUGGUGUUCCCAGUGCUGGGCACCUUGGUGUCACCCAGGAGGCUGAAAGCAUCUGGUUUGGAGCCUACUGUAUACAGAUUAGGGCAGCCACUACUGCUUUCCUUCUAAAUCCAGUUCUUCCAUGGAAAUUAGCCUGUAGUUUGUAUAGGACGUUCUUCCACUGUCUGCCGUUGACUGACCGUAGCUUUUUACUACUCACUUCCCUUCCCAGUCACAUCCACGUGUGCUGUCUUUUCCUCUUUAGACAUUCCCCCCCUCCCCGCCAAAGCACUGAGCCUCGUCCCUCCCCAUUGUACCCUGACUUCCCUGGCCGCCCCCUCCCGGCAGUUGCCUCUCAGCUGCUCAGAGAAGACCGCAGUACUGGGUGGCCCUCCCCGCUCCCCCCUGCCCACCCCGGGAGAGAGGUGAGGGGCUGGCUUUAUGUGCAAGGAGCAUAUUCCACAUUGUACACGAAAUGCUCUGUAGACACUGUGGAAAGCUUUGGAGAUUUUGUUUCCUUCACCUGAGUCUUUGUGAUGCUUGUAUAGUUGAUGAUGCUCACAGUUUUUCUUUUUUUUUUCUGUUUUUUCUUUCUUUUUUAUUUUAGUCUGGAGGUUCUGAUGUAUUUUUUUCUAUUUCCCUGUGACCGUUUUUUGUUUUUUAGGGUUUUUUUUUUUUUUUUCUUUCUUCCCCUCUCCUCCCUUACCCAUGUGUCUUCCCACUAUGCACAGAUAAACUUCACCUACAAACUCCUUAAUCUGAUUUGUGGAGAAUGUACAGUUGAAACACAUCAAUAAAUACUUUAACUUCCA